AAUGGUCAUUAAAUAGCGCGCGGACUCUAAGCUCCCGAAACCGUAACGAAUUAAAGCCGUAUCCGUCCGCCGUCGCAGCCUCCGCCACCACCACUACCUGCUUGCCCUUUCGCGGCCCAUUUCGAGCUCCUUUUCCAUGGAGUCGGCAUAUUUCUCCUCGUUUCGGGCUCUCACAAACAGUUAAAGAUUCAUGGAUUUGUCUUCGAACGCCUGUCCCUUAAGCAUCUGAUCAUUCCCCUUGCUUCGAGUCGUCGAACGCCAUGGUCUUGCUCGGCGACUCCUCCGAGGGCGACUGCACCUCCUCCGCGAGGAUUCAGCGUUCCCUAGGUCGAUCCAUGCGCACGGUGCGUUCCAACGUUUUCCGGAGCGACUCGCCUCCCGAUGCUCCCCCGGCGGCUGGCUCCGCUGCCGUGUCGGAGAAUCUGACGGACUCCGUCGUCGACUUCCAGCUCCAGGAGCUUGCCGUCGGGCCACCCCGGUCCUCCGACCCCAAGUGCGCCGCCGCCUCCGUGGAGUCGGCGGCUGAGCUCCUGGAGCUCUCGCGGGACUUCUCCGACUGCUCUAGCGUCAACUCCGACAUCUCCGGCGAGCUCGAGCGGCUGGCGUCCGUCCCCAGGACGGUUGCUCCGACGAUCCCCGCGGCGGCCGGGCCUGACGACCUCGAGGCGCUUGGGCUGGGGUUUGGUUCGUCGGAGAUCGUGGAGCGUACUUCGGUCGAGAGCGUGGAGCCGGCGGUCAGGGCAUGCAUGGAGGGCCUGGGGUCAUCGUCACCGGAGAAGAAGCGCGCCGCGGCGGCGGGGAUACGGCUCUUGGCGAAGCACCGGUCGGAGUUCCGGGAGCUGAUCGGGGCAUCGGGGGCGAUCCCGUCGCUGGUGCCGCUGCUGAAGAGCACAGACCCGGCGGCGCAGGAGAACGCGGUGACGGCGCUGCUGAACCUCUCGCUGGAGGAGGCGAACAAGGGACCCAUCAUGGCGGCGGGGGCGAUCAAGCCGCUGGUGUACGCGCUGCGGACGGGGACAGCGGUGGCGAAGCAGAACGCGGCGUGCGCGCUGCUCAGCCUGUCGAUGGUCGAGGAGAACCGGUCAACGAUCGGGGCGUGCGGGGCGAUCCCGCCGCUGGUGGCGCUACUCGUGGGCGGGACGAGCCGGGGGAAGAAGGACGCGCUCACGACGCUGUACAAGCUGUGCUCGGCCCGGCGGAACAAGGAGCGGGCGGUGAGCGCGGGGGCGGUGCCGCCGCUGGUGGAGCUAGUGGCCGAGCGCGGCGGGGGCACAGCGGAGAAGGCGCUGGUGGUGCUGGGCAGCCUGGCGGCGGUGCCGGAGGGGAGAGCCGCGGUGGUGGAGGCGGGAGGGAUCCCGGUGCUGGUGGAUGCGGUAGAGGCGGGGCCAACGAGGGGGAGAGAGUUCGCGGUUCACGCGCUGCUCCAGCUCUGCGCCGACAGCGAGCGCAACCGGGGGCUCGUCGUCGGGGAGGGCGUCAUCCCGCCCCUCGUCGCGCUCUCUCAGACCGGCUCCUCGCGGGCCAAGCACAAGGCGGAGACGCUUCUUAGGUUCUUGAGGGAACAGAGGCAGGACGACGGGGCAACUCCGGCCACCGCAGUAUAAUUACCGAUGGGUAAAAAUAAUCACCAUGUACGCCUUCAACAAUUUUGUGGACUCUGUUCGUGUGUGAAUAAUGUCAGUAGGGAUCGUAACAUAGUAUAAUAUUAUGUAUGCCAUGCAAAUUCUGCCUCUUAAAACAGUGGUUUGUGUGUGUGAUUGGAAUGCAGCGUGAACUGUUUUCCUCAAUGGCCAACAGCUCGUUUGUACCAUUCCAUUGUUCGACAAAUGAUUUGUAUGGUGGAAGCAAAAGUUUAGUGGGAAAGAUGUUGUGUUGCUCCGCCUACUGCA